AUGCAGCAGUCUUUAAUAUUUGGUUUAUUGGUUUUCUAACUCUCCCCACUAAAUAUUAAAGGAUCAAUUGAAUCUGAAUAAUUUAAAAAGAAUUUUGAAAAAGAAAUUAAAAUCAAUCAAUCAAAUAAUUUAAUAAAUAACUAAUUCACACUAUAAUUGCUUUCAUUCUAUUUUAAAUUUCAAUUUUUUAUUUAUCUCUUUUAUUCGACUUUUGUAUGUAGUUUUUUCAAUCAAUCAAUCAAUCAAUCAAUCUAUCUCUAUCUAUCUAUCAAUCAAUCAAUUUAUGCUUAUAUAUUUUUAUAUAAUAAAUAUUUAAUCUAUAUUAUUUGA